AUGGACCAAACCACCUCCCUCCCCCACCUCCAACCACCCCCCCCCGCCCAGGUGACCGCUGGUGUCAUUGGAAGGACCCACUGGAUCAGCAAGCCCAACCCUAACAGGUCAUAACGGAACGCUGCCUUCCCCUGGACGUGCCCCGGCAACGGCCCCAGUGUCCGUAGAGACGGUGCUGGGGAGAGGUCGCCUCCUCCCCAGCAGCACUGCCCGGCACUGGGACCGCGCUUCUCAGCCUUCCUUGAGCUGCCUGGACGCUGUCCCAACUCCACGAGUGCGUAGCACGUGAAGAGCUCCCCUGGCCUCGGCACGAUGGGCCAGCUCAACAGCCGCUCCAGGGUCGAGCCUGACCCCACGCAGGAGAGCACGCGCAGCCCAGCGUCACCGGGGCCACUGCUCUGCCAGCGCGUGCGAGUGACCCAGGGCCCUUCCACAAGCACGAGGGACCUCCUCCUCUUCCGGGAUUCCUUAGUCAUUGCCAAGACCCGGCGGGGCACCAUCCUGCACACGAAGCUCUGCCUGCCCCUACACCAGCUGUGGGUGCUGAGCAGAGGGGCGUGGGCACCCGGGGAUGCUGCCCAAGAGGAGGAAGACAAGGCCACCAGAUCCCUCAUCCUCAGCUGGCCCUACGGAUUCUGUGUCAUCACUUUCCAGCCAUCAGAGGGAGUCGACGGAGCCUGCGUGACCCAGCUGUCCUCCUUCAACCUCCUGCUGCAGGACCUGAGGGGCCGCAAAGCUGAAACACAGCUGACCACCAGGAGCCUGCAGAGCUUCAUCAAGGACCAGGCAGUGGCUGGUCCUCCGUAGCAGGCACCUCCAGGCCCCUCUGGAAGCAAAGAUGGACGUGGAUACUCAGCUGGUAAGUUGGGAGAAGAUGAUUGUGGCAUGGCCCUUCUCUCCUACUCUUGCAGGAGGGCACUCACGCUGCACUGGGGCUGCUGCCUUUGCCACAGGGCACAUCCGUCCCCCUCCCUCUGCAGCGGGAUAGACCGGUGGAGCCCCAGACCCCCUC